AUGUCUCGCCCUACACACAGAAGACCAGAAUACCAUAAAAUAAACAAAGAUCUCUUUGUCCUCACCUAUGGAGCUCUGGUUGCCCAACUUUGUAAGGAUUAUGAAAAAGAUGAAGAUGUAAAUAAAUAUUUAGAUAAAAUGGGAUAUGGCAUUGGAACACGUCUGGUAGAAGACUUUUUGGCCCGAUCCUGUGUAAGAAGAUGUCAUAGUUAUUCAGAAAUUAUAGACAUAAUUGCUCAGGUUGCUUUCAAGAUGUACUUGGGAAUCACACCAAGUGUGACUUGUCACAAUUCAAGCAGAAAUGAAUUUUCCCUGAUUCUAGACAAGAAUCCUCUGGUGGAUUUUGUGGAAGAACUUCCAGCUGGGCGGUCCUCUCUAUGCUACUGCAAUUUGCUCUGCGGGAUUAUCAGAGGGGCCCUGGAAAUGGUUCAUUUGGCUGCUGAUGUAACAUUCUUGCAAGACCGACUAAAAGGUGACAAUGUGACAGAAAUAGGAAUAACAUUUCUGAAAAAACUAGAUGACAAAAAAUACAGGCGGAAAAAAUGA